AUGCAAUUCUCGCUCACUACAAUCAUUCUAGCUCUUAUUGCUACUUCCGUCGCAGAUGAUUAUGGCGAUGUCCGUAACGCCAUUCGUUCUAAUUCCUCAUAAAAAGAAUCCUCAUGCUAACGAAUCUCUAAUCAGUGUUGCUUCAACUGCGAACAAGCCUGCGUCGCCAAUUCCAAUCCACAGGCGUGUACCUCGGGUACCGGUUUCGAUACCAUCGCAAAAUACUGCACCAACCUAUGUGGACUCAAUGGGAAGUGUCAAUGA